AUGACAAGUGGAUCGAGAUGCUUUCUGUCUCACUAUACAGUUGGACCGCACGGAGACCCUGAGUUCUCCAAGAAGCUGCUCCUGGACUACCGCUUUGAGAGAGUGCAGAAGUUGAAGCUGGGUGUUGACAUGGACAACAAGUCUGUUGAUCUAAAUGAUGAUGACUUCCUGGGGGGUGUUGAGUGCACACUGGGACAGAUUGUGUCCAGCAAGAAGCUUACCAGACCUCUACAAAUGAAGAAGGGUAAGCCUGCAGGCAAAGGCAUCAUUACUAUUACUGCUGAGGAGAUAAAGGAUAACAGGGACAUAGUGCUGGAGUUGGAGGCUAAAGGCCUGGAUAAGAAGGACUUGUUUGGGAAAUCUUAUCCAUUCCUAGAGUUCUUUAAGCAAGAAGAUGAUGGCAAGUGGCAGCUGGUUCACAGAACAGAGGUUAUCAAGAAUAAUCUGAGUCCAUCAUGGAAGAAAUUCAGUGUGGCUUUGCAAACAUUCUGCAAUUGUGACAUGAGCAAACCAAUCAAGGUCCACUGCUCUGAUUAUGAUAGUGAUGGCUCGCAUGAACAUAUCGGUGUUUUCCAAACUAAUGUGUCGGAGAUACAGAAAGCUGGUUUGCCGGUGGAGUUUGACUGUCCAUCCAGAGAAGAAGAAGAAGAGUUCCAAAAACUCUGGAGUAAUCAGUGUCAAGUGCUGCCAGAUACAGGCACAGCACAUUCCUGGACUAUGUCAUGGGAGGUUGCCAAAUACAUUUUAUACAAUACUUUGUCCUAUUCAUCAUCACCGAUGGGGAGAUCACAGACCCUGGACCAGACCCGGGACGCUAUCGUCAAGGCCUCACGCCUGCCCAUGUCCAUCAUCAUCAUCGGGGUGGGCGAAGCCAACUUCAAGGCAAUGGAGCUGCUAGAUGGAGACGAAGGCAUUCUCAAGUCCCUGAGUGGCGAACCCGUGGCCAGGGACAUUGUACAGUUUGUGCCCUUCAGACAGUUUGCCAAUGACCCUAAGGAUGCCCUCGCCCAGAGCGUCUUGGCUGAAGUGCCAAGUCAACUUGUGUCCUACUUCAAGAUGCUGAAACUAGAUCCAGUCAAUGUUGCUGCCAUCAAGACUUAGUGGAGCAAGCAGAACUGCAGUGCUUCGCCCUUCUAGCCACACGAGGGAGCCAACACACCACACAGGGAAAUGAGUAGGCCAUUAUCACAAGUGUAAAUCACAUCCUGGAAUUACUGUAUCAAUGCUCAUUGUACCUUUUGAUACCAAUUAUGUACCACAUGUAACUGUAUUUUCUAUUUUAUUUUCAACAAUCAUAGAUAUUUCUUAUUCUUUUCUGCUUCAGAUAUUCUUCUUUCAUUACUGAGUCAGGAAUUAACAAGGAGUUCAACAAUGGUGAUAAUCCAAAAUUGGGGAAAAGGAGGGCUUUAAUGCAUUUCAUGAAAUGCUCCUUCAAAACAUUUGAUGGAAUAAAGUAGGCUACUCACGUAACAAAAAUGGUUUAA